ACAAGUAAUAUAUUUUGGCGCUGAGAUGCCGUACGAAACUGGUUGAUGCAUGUAUUACUAGUAUCCAUACACUAAAGGAAAUGCCUAAGGAUUUUUCCAACUUUUUUGGUGGAAGAAAUCAUUUACCACAGAGAAAAGGAGAGCAAAAACUAAUAUAUGCUUCUGUCAGGUAGAAGAAUAUGAGUGACUUGGAAACUGUGCAACAAGAAAAUUUCAAUCUCUUGAGAACCGACUUUUCUUCUGGUCCCGAUCCAGGGGGAUCAGAUUCACAUCCACCUGAUCUAAUGGAAGAUUUAGCUAAUCGUGGAGAGAGUACGGAAGAAGACCCACUGCCAAAUUCUACCCCACAGAAAAACCAUCUUAUGCUAGCAAACUAAAAGGGAAUCUUGCUCCCUGGUUAUAUUGGAAAGAGGAGGAUGAUGAUGUUCUUGCGGCCAUGGAUCUGCAUAUUGAAGAACUAUCUAUCAGUGAAUCGGAAGCAGUUGACAAUGAUUCAAUUCCUACAAUUCAGAUUGAUAAGGAUACAAGAAGAAGAAUCUGUUAUCCAUGGAGAUAGUGUUUAAUUGGGAAAGUCAUGGGCAGAACAGUGAACUAUGGAAAGAACCAAUCUUUUAUGGAAGCCCCGAGGUAAUCUUCAAAUUCUCGAUUUGUGUUUGGAUUUCUUUUUAUUUAAAUUUGAUGAUAUUGAAGAUUUAAAAAGAGUUACGUAUCAAGGACCUUGGUUCAUUGGAGGCCAUUUCCAAGCCAUCUAAGGCCUCUUUAAAUUCUUUGAUUUUAUGGGCUAGAAUAGGGAAAGCGAUUAAAGUAGAUAUCACCACUGAUAAUAUAUCCAGAGGCAGAUAUGCAAGGAUUUGUGUUGAAAUUGAUUUAUCAAAACCCUUAUUACCUCAAAUUAGGGUGGGUAAAUCAAUUCAAAGGAUUGAAUAUGAAGGAAUUCAUAACCUGUGCUUCAAUUGUGGUAUGAUCACUCAUAAAAAGGAAUCAUGUCCUUUGAUCAAGCCUAACCAAUGUGAUAGUUCUGAAAAAAAUGGCAAUAUGGGGAAUACAGAUUCUGCUAAUGUUACUACAACUAAAGUCUCAGAUGAUUAUGGGCCUUGGAUGGUGGUGGAGAAUCGAAAGAGUCGCCGGAGAAACCCAAUCCAUGGAAAAGAAAUUACUAAAACAUCUUACCCAGAGAAUCGUAGAAUCAAUGAAAAUCACCGAUCCAACUCAGAGUCGGCUAGACAUAUGGGGCUGAAUCAAGUACAAGUAACACCACAACCCCUGAAUCUGUUUUCUAUAGACUCAACCAGGCUCUUGGUAGAGACAUGGAUAGUAGAAGACUUGCUGAAAGAUGCAAUAGAGAAGGAGAAAGCUCCAUGGGGACCAGAAUUUCAAAGGUUAGUGAGACAUCAGUGGCCAAUUCUUGUGAGGAUCAGGAAUGCGAUAAAUCAAAUGGAAGACUUUUAUUCAAGAGUUCAGGCAAGAAUGAGGAUGGUAGGGGAGGAAGCGCAUGUGGAAGAGGAGGAACCACCAGUGCAAAGAAAGGAGAUCAAAUCAAUGAUAGACCAAAUCAAUUUGCCUCGGGACAAAUGGGUUACUCUAGCACAAGUAGUCCGUUCACAUGCAAGUCAAGCUCCACCAGGGACAGGAUGCGCCUUAAAGGUUUGGCCCGCGGAUUGCGUCCUAGAGCAAAUACUACCUCCAACAAUCAAGACACCAGCAUUAGUAAGAGGGCCAAGCGGACUCAUGAGGUUCGAGAUGGAGAUAUUGACUGAUUGAGAUCCUUCCACAGUGGACAGAACAUUCAGGAACUCGAUAUGGACAGGGUUGGAUCCUGCGAAGAUGGAAGAAGGAAUGCGCAGGCUGAGGAAUCAACAAACUUGCAAUUGGUCCAUGCUUCCAAUGGAGGAGACUCACAACUCGCAAUUCAACUCAUUCCCAAUGAAGGUAAUGAUGUGGAACUGUAGAGGGGUGGGUAAACCCUCUUUUGAAAUUGUAGCUCGUGAUUUAAUCCAUAAUUACAAGCCUACAAUUUUUAUUAUCCUUGAAACUAGAUUGAGUGGUGGUCGUGCUAGAGAUAUUGUUCAAAGACUUGGCUAUAACAGUUCUUUAAUUGUUGAUGCUUUGGGUUUUUCUGGGGGUUUGUGGAUGUUAUGGAACAAAGAAGAUGUUGACAUCAAAGCCACAUCGAUUUCUCGCUGGGCUAUUCAUGCUGUGGUUAAUGUCCAAAGAGUAAAACCUUGGACUCUCUCUUCAGUCUAUGCUAGUCCUAAUCCAAUCCUCCGUGCUGUUGUCUCGGAUGAAUUGAAGAAGGUCUCUACCCUUGACUGUCCAAUUAGUAUUUUGGGUGACUUCAAUGUGCUUGCCAAGAUUUCAGACAAAAAAGGUGGUGUCAUACCUUCUUAUAAUCAUUUAAGAGAGCUGAAUGACCUGAUGAACACUUGCAACCUCAUUACCAAAGAUGCUGCUGGCCCUAAGUUCACUUGGACCAACAAGCAAAUCAAUGGCAAGAAUAUUCAGGAAAAGCUAGACAGAUUGCUUACUAAUGAUGAUUGGAAUUUCUUAUUCCCCAACUGCCAGAUGGUGCCUCAAAUGAUCAAGGAAGUGCAGGCUGUGCUGGAGUUUUUCGCAGAGCUGAUGGGAGUUUCAUGGCUGCCUUUUGCAAACAUAUUUUUCAUAACAACAAUAAUCUGGCAGAACUGUGGGCUGUUAGGGAUGGCUUAAAGCUUGCUAAGGACCUAGGUAUAAAGAAAACUGCAGGUAGAAAGUGACUCUCAACUUAUUGUAAAUCUGUGUAAUCAAGUUAGUGAGAGCUCUUGGUUUUUUGAUAGUAUUAGGUUUCAACAUCAGUACAGGGAAAGCAACUAUGCAGCAGACUUUUUGGCCAAAAAAGCUGCUAAUGAUAUGUAUACUGAAAACUGGGCUCAGAACCCCCCUGACUUUUUAUCGCCUUUUUUGCUUGAUGAUGUUAUGGGGAGAGCCUUCCCAGGUUUGUAAGGCUCUAGUUUCUUGUUAAUGCAUUUCCAUUACCAAAAAAAAAAAAAAGGAGAGCAAAAACUAUGGGGGAGAUAUUUUCCCAUCUUUAAAGAAAGUUGUAAAGAAAGAGGGAAAUAGAAAUGGGAUCUUCGUUUCUGA